CAUUUAAAUCACUGUAAUUAGGCUUAAUUUAGUUGUAGAUCAAAAACAACAAGUUGGCAGUUCUUAAAUCACAGCUAAAUUUAGUUGUAAACGAAACGCAACAAGUUGGCAGCCUGGUUGCAGCUGUAGUAAAACAGCUGUUGAAAUUUUGUUAAUUGCAAAAUGCAAAAAAAUGCCACGAAAGAGAAAUAAAACAAAUUUGUAUACCAAUUGAAAGCGUUUAACUGUAAUUCCCCACCAUACGGUCAAGAUGGAGAAGCGUCAGAGGGAGCUGGAGUCCCUGGUUAGCACACAGAAGGAGCAGCUUAUUCGCUACGAGAAGCGACUCAAAGAUGUGGUUACUGCCUACAAGGGUCUGAUGAAGGAGAAGGAAGCCCUGGAGACGAGUUUGGUGGCCCAUGCAGAGGCCACCGCCGGCUCUCCCGCCAAGGUCACGGAUCCUGCAAAUGUGAAUGGCACGGCCAGUGCAGACUCCAGCGAUGGGGGGGCAGAGGGCGCCCCCUAUCCUCCUUCGGCUGAGGGACAGCUGCAAACUCAGAUCAUCACGCUGAUGAACUCGCUGGCCACCCUGUCGGCGGAAAAGUCACGCAUGGAGGCCUCCUUCCAGGCGGACAAGAAACAGCUGCGCAGCCAGAUAGCCCAAAAGGAGCAGGGCGUACAGGAGCUGCAUGCCAAGGCCAAGGAGCAGGCAGCCAAGGCCAAGGCCGAUGUGGAUGAGGUCAAAGCCAGGUGGAUCAUCGAGCGGCAGGAGCGCGAGAAGGAGACCAACAAUCAAAUGCUGAUGAUACGCGAGCUGCAGAAGCUCUAUGCGGAUGAGCGACACCUCAAGGACAACAUCGAGAUGCAGUUGAACAACUUUAAGACGCAGUUCGCCAGCAACGAGGCCGAGAACAGUCGCCUGCGCGAUCUGCAGGCCCAGCUGAAGGAGGCCAAGAACCAGCUGAGACAACUUCAGGCCAAGGCCGAGCAUGCAGCCGUCGCCACCACCACGGAUAAUGCCACCCUGCUGCACCAGGUGCGCCAGGAGAUGCAGCAGCUGAAGGAACAGCAUGCGGUGGCCAUUAAGCAGGAGCAGCGCAGAGUUCUACGUGCCGAGGAGCAGAGCAGGAAACAGGCGGCGCUUCAUGAGGGUCGUGUGGCCAAUUUGGAGGCACGCCUGGCCGAGCUGAGCACCACCGUGGGCAGCUAUGACCGAUUGCGGCAGCAGGAUCAGGACAGCAUCCAUGCACUCAAGCAGCAGCUGCAGGACUUGGAGCAGGCCCAAGCCCGUCCGGCACCCACUCUGAGGGCGCUGAGUGAGGAUGUGGAUUUGGCCACGCUGGUCGAUGAAAUUGUGCGCCUGAAGAAGCUGCUGACCAGCGCCAAUGCCCGCUCCGCCAAUCCAAUUGAUCUGAAUGAGAUUCUCUCCCUGGGCAACCAUGCGGCGUCGUCAGCGUCCUCUGACAGUCAUGUGCACUGCGAGCAGCAGCUGGUGGGUGUACAGAAAAUGCUCGAGGCUGGCAAACAGCAGCGUCAGCUGCUGGAGCAAAAGAUUCAGCUGCAACAGUCGCACAUCCAGACGCUCCAGGAGAAGGUGCAGGUGCUCAAUCGCAACAUUGACGAGUCGGAGCAGGAGCUCAAGCAGCAGGGGGACAAGCUGCGGCAGGCCCUGAAGAACGAGCGCACCAAAUGGCAGGAGGCCAAGGCAGAGCUCGAGAACGAGACGCGCUGCAAGCUGAACGAACUGGAGCAGCUGCUGCAAAAGCAGCGACAACGCUCCCUGCAGCUGCUCGACGAAAAGGAGCAGGAGAUCAAAACGUUGCAGACCUCUUUCGAGGUAUUCCACACGGCUGGUGGUGGCGGCGCCAGUGCGCUGCCCGCUGCCACUCUGGAUGCGUCUGCCGAGUGCUAUAACUACUCCUCCGAUGGCGAUAGCGUGGAGGUCGAGGGCGAGCAGCGUGAACGCGAUCGCGAUCGCAGGCUGCAAGUCAAGUCGAAGAAAUUAUCGCUGGGCGAGAACUGCCACAUGCUGCACUACGCCAAUGAGCUGGCACGCAAAGACAUCGAAAUAACAACGCUACGAAAGGCCAAAUAUUCGGCCGAAUCCACGCUGCGCAAGGCCAUACAGGACAAGGUGACGGCACAGCAGGAAAUGCACGAGAAGAUUGAAUGUCUCGAGGAGCAGGUGGACAGACUGGAACGCUGCAAGACGCGUGAGGGCGCCAACUUGGAGUAUCUGAAGAAUGUCAUCAUUAGCUACAUUGUCACCAGGGAUGCCGAUGGCAAGCGGCACAUGCUGAACGCCAUCUCGGCGGUGCUGCAGUUCACCAGCAACGAAAUGCAGGCCAUUAAUGCAGCAUUCCAAAAGAAAUAACAUUCGUUUUUAAAUAUUA